UUGAGUACGCCUUCCACGCGCCGUAAGCACUCCGGGUUUGUCUCUUCUCUCUCUUCAACGCUGCCUGUCCGAGUCCACGGAAUCGCGUGUCACAGUGCCACAACUGGAGCGCUGUCUUCUCGGAUUUUUUCCUUCCAUCCUUUAGAACAGUUAGUUAUCCCAUUAGACUGUACGGAAUGAAGUCGACCAGCUUGCUAGCCGCGGCGUUCUCGGCGUUUCUGUGCCUGGCCGGCUGCGUGCAGGGCCAGGACUGGUCGCUGGACAAGUACCCGCUGCAGUGCCCGCCGUGCGAGCGGAUCCACUGCAGUCCGAGAAAGGCCAGCAAGCUGAAGUGCAAGGGAGGCACGACGCUCGGGAUCUGUAACUGCUGCUCGGUGUGCGCCAAGGUAGAGGGAGAGAAGUGCGGGGGGAAGUGGGAUUACCUGGGGAAGUGUGAUGCCGGGCUGACCUGCGAGAGGGAGCCCGAUAGCAGAGGGAUGCUCAGCCGCCCGGACAGUAAGGGCAUCUGCAGGAGAAGUAAAGAGCAACAAGAAGAGGGUCUGCCCAAAUAUUGCCGCCCAAAGUGCACGCCGGAGUUUUGUAAAGCCAACCCGAAGUCCAUCUGUUCAGCAUAUGAUAUGGCCCACACCAAGCAGCCAUGUCAGGGAGAGUGCCAGCACACGUCGUGUUCAGCCUGCAGAUAUAUCGACCCUGAGCCGGAGUGCCAGAAGUGCGACACCAAUGACUUCAGGUGUAUCCGGCGGUUUGGGAAGUGUGUGCGGAGAAUGGAGUGUAGCAGAAACAAACACCCCUGUAAAAUGGACCCCAAGCAUGAAGUCUCAGGAGGCAAGUGGAUGUGUAUGGUGCCUGGGUGCCCCUGAUCCCAGCAUGCUUUGCAGAACAGUGCAAUCUCUUCAAUCUUCACUGUUACAGGGAUUGUCAUGUGACCACCAUCAGCCAACCAACUUCUACAGCAAUAACUUUGAGGGUAUCAAGACUUUUCAGAAGCACCUGUGUAAUAAUGUAUUACGUAUCAUUGGCAAGGUUGUACAUGUAUGGUUAAUUAUUUUUCGGAAGAUUGAUUGGAAGAAAAUUCAAGAUGUCAAACUUAGGAAAGAAACUAAUAAAUUUGAGUGAAAACAUUUGUGAAAAAAAAAUUGGUAAUAGACAACCAGAAUAUGAUGAUGACAAAUUACUCUGUCAUAUAUAUAUUAUUGAGUUAGAAUGUUAUCUAGCCCACACUUAAAAUGGAACAGAUAUUGCCCUUGGCAUUUCACACUUACAUUAAGUAAUAAGGUUUCUACAACAAGGUUUCGUCCCUGCUAGUGAUUCAAUAUACAUACAUGUAGAUACAUGUGUACAGCUAAUCUGGUGCCUUAACUGGUUGUGCCUCAUACACUCUUGCAAUGUCUUCAGACAAAGAAGAGAUAUAUAGAUGAUAUGUAUAUCCCCUUCUACUGUAACAAAUCCUCUGUGCAAAUCACACACAGCCUUUGAAUCUUUGGACAGUACAUGAUUUUGAUCACAUCUUCUGAAUGACCUGCACCACAAAACACAUCAGCAGAGAGUACUGCGCCUGCGCGGAACUGGAUUUCUCACGGUUUUGAUUGGAUGUUUGGUCAAACUUCUGAUGCAAUGUACAUUGCAUCAGAAGUUUGCAGAUAUAUAUAGAAUGA